AUGACAUCGAGAGAGGAGAUAGAUGAUUUUGCAUGGGUGUUAACGCAACAACUCAUUGUCUUGCUUGACGAGAAACAACAGGAGAGAAAACCUUCAGCACGAAUCAGUAGAAAAAAGCUAGCAUUCAGAGCAAGACUCGAGAAAGAAUUCGACCGUCAAGUUAUAUACGAUGAUCCUUCUCGCCAGGACAUCGCAAGAAAUUCAAUCCCUGUCGAGCAGCUUCAUCGUGAAGCUCGUUUACGAGAAGAAGCUGAUCCUGAAAAGGACUUUCAAGAAGAAUUGAUGAAAGCCAUGUUGAAAUGGUACAAGAAUGACUUUUUCAAAUGGGUGAAUGCGCCAGAAUGUGAAUAUUGUAAUUCUGCCACACAAUCAUUCGGUAUGGCUUCCCCCACUCCCGAAGAAACCAAGUGGCAAGCAGACCGUGUUGAACUGUACGAAUGUACAGUCUGUCUAAAGCUAUCUCGAUUCCCACGCUACAACAACCCAAUUAAGCUACUUGAAACACGACGAGGGCGUUGUGGAGAGUGGGCAAAUGUCUUCAUGCUCUUGUGCAAGACGAUGGGAUUUGAAGUUCGAUACGUCGCUGAUUAUACUGAUCAUGUUUGGGUGGAGUGGUGGAAUGAACGACAGAACCGCUGGAUGCAUGCUGAUUGUUGUGAAGGCGAGGGUGCUUUUGAUACACCUUUGAUGUAUGAACAAGGAUGGGGCAAGAAAUUGAGCUACGCAUUCGCAUUUGGAACAUAUGAAGCCGUAGAUGUCAUUCGAAGAUACACUGCAAACAUGAUUGACGUACAAACAAGGCGAACAGAUGUCCCAGAAUCAUGGCUCGCAGAAGCUCUGCGCGACAUGACCAACAAGAAGGCCCAACUAUUACCAGAAUCAGUCCGUAUUGACUUACAACGACGACGUGAAGACGAACAGCUCGAAUUAGCACAACCACAUCUCCGCGCUUUGAGACCUGAAGAAAUGCUUGGUCGACAAUCGGGUUCCUUGUCAUGGAGGAGUGAACGUGGAGAGACUGGUGUGAAUGCGAAUGCUGGUAGUGGUAGGGUAAAAGAAGCAGCUAAACCCUCCAGAUCGAGUACCAGUCUCGCAGCACCACUUUACGUUGCUGGUGAAGCUAGUAGUAGUAGCAGCACUGGUGGUAGUAAAGAUAAAGGCAGGGACAAGGAUGAUGAUUUAAAGGGAAGGAUUGUUGCUCGUGUGCCUACGAGAGCUAUAUCGGGAUUAUCGGUUGCCCUCGCAGGCUCGGCAAGCAUAGCCAAACUCUUCAAAAACAGCAACUCUUCAUCAUCCUCCACAACAUCAACAUCAUCAUCAAAAAGCGUCAUUCAAUUAACACCACCAACAAACGGCCUAGUAGGAAGCGCAUUCCUACCAUCUACAAUCUCGAUAGCACAAGGUCUCGUAAUCUCCUUUUACUCAUCAAUGAGCAGCACAACAGCAGGUCCAGGAGGUCUCGCCGUAUUAUUCACAACUAAAAGCAGCUACGGUGGUCCCGGAACAGGAUCAUUCAACAUUGACGGAACAGAUUAUGCAAUGGCUGUGACAUUGGGUACUGAUCCUUGCCAACAGUGUGGAGCAACUUCAACUACACAUGUUGCACUAUACGCAUCUAAUAAGAAGGUUGCGUGCACGACUCUACCACAUGAUUUAGCUAAUGGACGUGUGUAUGCUAUACGAGUUGUGCUGGGUAUCAAUGGGCAAGGGGUCAAAGUGUAUGUGACAAGGGAUCCAGUUGAGAAUGAUGAUUCUCAGGCUGAUUAUGAGACAGUAUUGGAUGCUAACGAUGUGACGAUAAGUGUUGGGACGGCAACGGGAGGCAAGGUCGGAUUUGUUGGGAAUGCUGGUGAAGUUUCUAGACGUGUGCAGGUGUUUGAUAUCACGGCUGCACGUUUAGCAUGA